AUGGGAAAUUCUUCCAUUCACGUUGUUGCUGGAGUAUUGGUACAAAAACGUCUGAGACGAGAAAAGCGAAUCAGGAGACAGUUGAGCGAGCAGUUGGAUUUAGAAAACAAAAGGAGAGCUCAACUUGAGGAGGCACUUCGAGCUGUUGGAGCUUCGGACAAAAUAGUAACAAUAAACGAAAAUCUCUCUCAACGACCAGAUCAAAAACCAGCCUGUACCAGCACCUCUCACACAGCCAAUCCCAGCCCUACCAUGAACCCUCCAGUCCAAACCAACAUGACACCCAUCGAGCGGGAGAGGAUAAUGGAGCCCCCCAGGCCAGUGGAGAGGAUAAAACAAGAACGCGAGGAAACUGCCACAGGAUUCGUUCAACCUCCAAGAGAUAUCCGCGAACCGCUUCCACAUCCUCCACAGGAUAAUAAACCUUGGAGCUACCCUGGGAUGGAUCUACUGAACACGGGGGCUGCGUUUUGGCAGAAUUAUUCCGUAUUGAUACAAAAACGUCUGAGACGAGAAAAGCGAAUCAGGAGACAGUUGAGCGAGCAGUUGGAUUUAGAAAACAAAAGGAGAGCUCAACUUGAGGAGGCACUUCGAGCUGUUGGAGCUUCGGACAAAAUAGUAACAAUAAACGGUAAGUUUCACACCAAAUACUUAGAUAGUCUUUGA